AUGUGGCUCUCCAGGAGAGCUUUGGCUGCUUCUCGCCCGCUGCCAGAGCUUCCCCCAGCCCCCUUCCCCGCUGGGAAACUGAGGCACGGAGCGAGGCUUGUCCCGGUCCUGGGAGAGGUGGCGGAGAAAGCGGGGCUGCCGGAGCGCCCCCCCCCCCCCUUCCCCAGCAGCGGCUCCCGGAGCCUCCUCCCCGCCUCCAGCCCGCCCCGCCGGGCUUGCCGGGACCGGGGGUGGCGGUCGGGACCUCCGGGCGCUGCGAGGCUCCCCCCUCAACCCCCGCUUCUGCCUCAGUUUCCCCCGCGGUGCCCGGACGGGGCGGCCCCUCCCGGUCCCCGCCCCGGCCCUCAUCCCCGGUGCCGGCCCCCCGCCCCGCCGCCGCGCAGCGCCCGCGACCGCCGGGCCAUGGAGCUCAUCGAGCUGCGGGAGCUGCAACCGGAGCCGCGGCCGGGCCGGGGCCGCCUGGAACGGACCAACGCGUUGCGCAUCAGCCCGGCCCGCCGGCCCGGCACCGGUCCCGGUCCCGGUCCCGGUCCCGGAGCGCACCCCCGACCCGCGGCUGACGGCGACACCGGGCGCGGGCACCGCUUCGAGCCGCGGCGCCGCGGGCUCCACACCUGGUGCGACCUCUGCGGGGACUUCGUCUGGGGCGGCGGCAGGAAGAGCCUCCAGUGCCGCCACUGCAGCUUCACCUGCCACUACCGGUGCCGGGCCCUGGUGCGGCUGGACUGCAGGCCCCCGGGCGCCGACGACGAGGACGAUGGCAGCGAGCAGGCGCUGGAGAAGGACACCAACGUGGAUGAGCCCAGCGAGUGGGAGAAGGCAGAGCUGGACCAGGCGCAGGUGGAGCAGCGCAUCAAGGAGUACAACAGCCAGAUCAACAGCAACCUCUUCAUGAGCCUGAACAAGGACGGCUCCUACACCGGCUUCAUCAAGGUGCAGCUGAAGCUGGUGCGCCCCGUCUCGGUGCCGGCCACCAAGCGGGUCCCCUCCCUGCAGGCGGGGCGGCAGGGGCCGCGCACCCAGGGGGUGAAGCGCCGCACGUCCUUCUACCUGCCCAAGGGGACAGUCAAGCACCUGCACAUCCUCUCGCACACCCGCGCCAGCGAGGUCAUCGACGCCCUCCUCCGCAAGUUCACCGUCGUCGACAACCCCCGCAAGUUCGCCCUCUUCGAGAGGUCCGAGAAGGAUGAGCAAGUGUACCUGCGGAAGCUGGCUGAUGAGGAGCAGCCCCUGCGCCUGCGGCUGCUGGCCGGCCCCAGCGAGAAGGUGCUCAGCUUCGUCCUGAAGGAGAACGAGACCGGGGAAGUGAACUGGGACGCCUUCACGCUGCCGGAGCUGCACAACUUCCUGCGCAUCCUGCAGCGGGAGGAGGAAGAGCACGUGCGCCGGCUGCGGCACCGCUACGCUCGCUGCCGCCAGAAGAUGCAGGAGGCGCUGGCCACGCGCACCCCGGGGUGACCGCGACGACCGCGGCCAGCCAGCCAGCCAGCGCGCCGGGACCCUCGCCCGCCGGCGGGUGGGGGCACCGGGGAGGGGGGGGUGGAAUGGGGCACCCCGGGACCUACCGGGUCGUCGCAGCCCCCAUGGGGCUGGCCCGGGGAGCGGGUGUCCCUGGGGGGAGCAAGUGUCCCCGGGGGGAGUGAGCAUCCCUGGGGGAGCGGGUGUCCCCGGGGGGGGGAGCAGGGCGUUGAGCACCAAUAAAGGCAUCUUGGUGACGA